UUCUACCCCGCUCUCACCACAAGCCACCUGCGACCUUGACCGUCGCCGCGCCCCCGGAACCGCAGCGCGCGGGGCGGCGCUACCGCGCACGGGUGCGCCGUCGCCAUGGUAACCGCGGAAGCCAGGGACCUGGGGAGCGGUGAGUCGGGGUCCCGCGCGGAGGGCCCCGGUGGGCGCUCGGGGUGGGAACCGGGCGACGAAUGGGCGUCUCUGCGUACUGCAGCUGAGGCAGGAGCGGGAGGGGAGGGGGCUUCAGCCGCGGCGUCCUUAGGGUUUGCCUCUGCCAGGGCGUUCCCUAGCGGCCCUCGCCCCGCGGACAGCCUCGGGGAUCUCGGUGAGUCCCUCAGUGAUUCAGGCCGGAAGCGAACUCAGGUAUUUUUGGAGUUCAUGGAGCCAGACGAACCUCCAGAGUCAGAGAGUUCAGAAAGAUCAAUAUUUUUCUCACAGCAAGAAGAAGAUGAAGCAGAAGAUGACGGUGAUGAUGAAGGAGAAGCGAAAGAGCCAGAGGGAACAGGCACCCUUAAUCCUCUCUUACCACCUGCUCUCACAGGGGAUGUAGAAGGUCUGAAGAAGAUUUUUGAAGAUCCUGAGAACCCCCAUCAUGAACAGGCCAUGCAGCUACUCUUGGAAGAAGACAUCAUUGGGAGAAAUUUGUUGUAUGCAGCUUGCAUGGCUGGGCAAAGUGAUGUGAUUAGAGCUUUGGCAAAAUAUGGUGUGAAUCUAAACGAAAAAACCACCAGAGGUUACACACUCUUACACUGUGCUGCAGCCUGGGGUCGUUUGGAAACCUUGAAAGCACUCGUGGAAUUGGAUGUUGAUAUACAAGCUCUGAACUUCCGGGAAGAAAGAGCUCGAGAUGUUGCUGCCCGGUAUUCCCAGACCGAGUGUGUUGAAUUCCUGGACUGGGCAGAUGCAAGGCUGGCUCUGAAAAAGUAUAUUGCAAAGAUCUCUGCAGCUGUUACAGACACAGAAAAGGGACAAGGGAAGCUCUUGAAGGAAGACAAGAAUACCAUCCUCAGUGAAUGCCGUAUUAAAAAUGAGUGGUUGGAAACCCAUUUGGAAGCCACCAUUAGCGAGCUUUUAGAGCAGAAACAACAAUUGGAAGAUAUUGUGACUCCUAUCUUCACAAAAAUGGCAACACCACGUCAAGUGAAAAGUGCCAAAUCUGUAGUCUAAGCCAUGGUCAGAAAAGAAGUCAAGAUCUUACCUUCUACUGAAUAUAUAUUUUAUAAAAUGCCACACUUCCUUCUAGUAUUUAUAAAAGCAAACUUAUUCAUACCAGUUGAAGUUAAGAAAAUAGAUAUAGGGCUUUAUAAAAAUGUUUAAGUAUGAAUCACCCUUUUUUUGUUUUGUCCUAUUCAGCAUGCAUAAGUGCAGAUGCUCCGGUCUUGCCUCUGCUCCAAGUGCAGCUCUGUGUGAAUUCCACAUGCUACUUCCAGACAGCAUGUGGGUGCGAAUCACUCACAAAAGCUCUCUGGAAGCUCUAAGGGCUAUACAGAGUAUCUAAAAAUUUUCUGUGUAAUUGAGGCAGGAAAUUUACAUUCAACUGAGGAACUCUAUUAAAAAGAUAUUAAAAAG